CACCGGUGACAAAAUACUCCACGCUGUGCACAAGGACACAAGGACUAAAAUGCCUCCCAUAAAUAUGCAUAAGAUUACAAUGCUAUGUUAUCAGGAGUAAUCCGCGAAGACAAGGGUUUGUCACUCGGUGGUAGGAGAUUCGGAGUCAAAUAAAAAGGAUUUCGCGUUAACUUCCAAACUGGACAAGUUGGCUGCAGUUGGAGCAGCUGAAACAUGGCUUUGUCAGUGCGGAGUUGGGUGGCGAACGAGGGAGGAAAGCACUUUGUUCUCUUGCUAUGGCUGGGAGGGAACACCUGGUUGUUCAUGAGGACGUUUCUGUGUUAUUACUAUGGCCAGCAGUACCACUACCUUCACAAGAUGCUUGGGCUGGGGCUGUGUAUUAGCAGAGCAUCUGCGUCUGUGCUGAACCUCAACUGCUGUCUGGUGCUGCUGCCCAUGUGCCGCACUCUCCUCACCUGCCUCAGAGGAUCCCACAGGGUGACAAGCAGAAAGGCCCGGCGGCUCCUGGACAAGAGCAAGACCUUCCACGUAGCCUGCGGAGUAGCUAUUUGUGUGUUUUCUGCUGUUCACGUGUCGGCUCAUCUGGCUAACAUAGUCAACUUCAGUGUCCGAUACUCCGAAGACUUCCCUUCUCUCAAUGUUGCUCGCUACAAGGGAGAGGAUCCUAGGCUCAUCAUUCUGACUACAGUCCCAGGAAUCACUGGAGUCCUAUUGGUCCUCAUCCUCUUCCUGAUGUUUACUGCCUCUUCCUACUGUAUAAGGGUGUCCAACUAUGAGAUAUUCUGGCACACCCACAACCUUUUCGUAGUCUUCUACGUCAUUCUGAUGCUGCAUGUGCUCGGGGGGGCUCUAAAGUAUCAGACCAACAUUGAAGCCCACCCCCCUGGCUGCCUCAGAGCCAAUCAGUCGAGCCCUGACCCGACAAGGGAGGAGUCAGGACAGGCUCUUGGAGAUGGGAGGAGUUGCAAGGAGGAGGCUCGAUUCCAGCCCAACUCACCUGAGACCUGGCUAUGGGUGUCUGGUCCUCUGUGUCUAUACUGCGCUGAAAGGCUGUAUCGCUACAUUCGGAGCAACUCCCCAGUCACCAUAGUUACAGUCGUCAGGCAUCCAUGUGAUGUCAUUGAGCUGCGCAUGUUGAAGAAGGACUUUAAGGCCCACCCAGGACAGUACAUAGUUCUGAACUGUCCAAGUGUGUCAUCGUUUGAAAAUCAUCCUUUCACUUUGACUGCGUGUCCCACAGAGAAGAAAGAAACAUUUGGUAUACAUCUCAGGGUGGUUGGAGACUGGACUGAACGUUUUGCUGAGCUGUUGCUUCCUGAUCCGAGAGCCGAGUCAGAGAUCCUACCCAUGGUGCAGCAGAGGAGAUAUCCAAAGCUGCACGUGGAUGGUCCGUUUGGCAGUCCGUCAGAGGAGGUGUUUAACUACGAGGUCAGUCUGUGUGUGGCGGGUGGGAUCGGAGUCACACCGUUCGCCUGUGUGCUGCACACCUUGCUGGACGGCUGGAGGCGUUUCCGUCUGAGGAGGCUGUACUUUGUUUGGGUGUGCAGGGAGUUGCAGUCCUUCUACUGGUUCGCCGAGCUGCUGUGUGCCUUACAUCGCAAGCUGUGGCAGGAGAACAUACCUGAUUAUCUGAACCUUCAACUGUAUGUUAGCCAGACUGACGGACUUCAGAAUAUCCCAGAGGAGAGGUACCAGCCCCUAAGUUCCCGGCUGCUGAUUGGCCGACCAAGGUGGAAGUUGCUCUUUGAGGAGAUAGGAAAGACUAAUAAGCAUAAGCGAGUGGGGGUGUUCUGCUGUGGACCUAAAGGCAUCUCCAGAACUUUGCACAGAUUGUGUAACUCCGACCGCUACUCAGGAACUACGUUUGAGUUCAACAAAGAGUCGUUCAGCUGAGACCUGCUCCCCAUCAGCCUGACCCCUGACCCUAACCUUGGCUGAUCAGAUAAACCCAGACACCGAAAUGUGCUCUUUCCACCAGAGUAACCUCACUGUCACAUGGUGUUCAGUGAGGUCAUCGGUGGGGAAGUGGAACCUGUUAAAAAUGUGGCUCCAGGCCGCCAUUUUGGAGAGACGUAAUUUCAUUCCUUACAUCUUUCCAGUCAGAGGUUGGAGAAUUGCCGUGGGCUAGUGUUGAGGGGUUACUUUGGGAUGGGGCAAGACUCUGUGAAGGUUUUAAAGCCUAAGUGCCUUGAAGGCAGAUGGAUUCCAUAAUAUAUUCUACAGGAAGUCACACAUGACUCUGGACUAUACAGAAAUUCUCUACAAAAACAUGACUUUGGUUCUGACUUUCUUCCUGUGGAACCAUUUCAUCUUCAGAAACAUUAUUGGGUUCUAAAGGCGUGAAAGCUUCAAACCCAACUCAGUCACACCUAGUGCCAGUUUUAGUGAUCUUCUAAUGUCUUCCAUAUUUAUAUUGUUUAAAGUUAUUUUGCUGAUUGUUUCAUGAGAGUCAUUCUGCAGAGGUUUCACCAUGCCUGCACAUUACUUAUGUCAACAAAAGGGCUGUACACUUACCAAGCCCUACAUGCAUACCAAACAAUGAUCAAAUAAUUAAGAGAUGUACUGUAAAUGUACAGUACCAGUCAAAGGUUUGGACACACUUCACUCAUUUAAUUCACUGGGUGUGUCCAAACUUUUGACUGGUACUGUACAUAUUUGUUUCCAAAUAAUUGUCUUUUGGAUGUUGGAUCGCCCUGAUGUUAGCCAAGCACAACCCUGAUUAAAAGAGUUUUUC